AUGAAAAGUGGUCAUCCAUUAUAUCCAAUGGAUCAAACAGUUUCUUAUCAAUCACCGGCUGUUGUAUUUCCUCAAUGGUCACCUAUGUCAGCAGCGCAAAUUCUUCCUCAACAAGCUCCAAAUCAACAACAACAACAACCACCAACAAUUGUUUCCGGUCCACCACAACAUGCACAUCAUCCAGCUCAUCAUCAAAUGUACGCGCAAGCACAACUUCGACAGCC